GUAUGUGGCGAGAGUGUGUGUGUGAAUAUAAGCGAGUGCAGUGCAACUACCAACCUCACAGCUAAUUAGUUCAACCCUUGACAAAAGGUGGGCCAGCCACUGAAGAGAACCCCCGGGGGCUCCACAGACUGCUCAGGAGGCUAGAGAGGAGAAGGCUAAUAGGGAACCUCCUCAUGUUCACUCUUUGAUGGAGCUUAACUGAUGUUUUGAACUUCUCCAGAGCAUGUGAGAGCUGGAGACGGACUGCUGCAGGACGUGUGGGACUAGCAGAUGGAGAUCAUGUCUGGACCAGAUUCUGAUGAUGACAGAACCUUUAAAGACUUGAAUGUUGUGGGAAUGCUUCACCAGUUUUGGGAGCAGAAACAAGUGAAAGGCAUAAUGAUGGAGACGGAGAAUCUGGUAGUCUAUGAGUCCAUUCCCUCACCCGGCCCUCCGUACGUAUGCUACGUCACCUUACCAGGUGGCAGCUGCUUUGGAAAUUUUAAGUACUGCUACAGUAAAGCAGAGGCCAGACGUGACGCAGCUCGUAUCGCUUUGAUGAACUCCACAUUUAAUGAGUUGCCCUGCCGCCGUAUCACUCCCGAGUUCAUAUCAUGCAGCGUGAAGGAAGCUGUCAGCACCACCAGCGGUAACAUCGCAGAUGCGUCUGACCCUGGGACCAGUAUAGGAGCGUACUGUCUCAUGCUGGAGUUCAACACUGGGAAAACCAUGCUGGAAUUUCAGGAAAUAAUGACAGUUUUUCAACUUUUGCACUGGAAUGGCACUUUGAAGGCUUUUCGGGAGAUGAGAUGCAGCCGUCAGGACGUCAUCCACUACUACUCCCAGCAGCGUCUGGACGAGCGUACGCGCAGCCACAUGGCACUGGACUGGUUACAGAAAGAGCAGCAAUCCCCUGGCCUGCUUUCCCAAGAGCUGCAGCUGGCUGUGAAGGAGCUGGGGGAGGCCCGGAGAACUGGCAGGGAACUCCGCUUCUACAAGGAGAAGAAGGAAAUCCUGAGCUUAGCUCUUAGUCACGCUAAUGCUGAGGAUCUGGAGGGCUACCACAGUGAGGAGAUGUCCUGGAGAGAAGAAAAUGAGUUUGAGUACUACACUCAGGAGAGACACUGUCUGGAAGGGAGUACGACCGAUGCUUCAGAGCUCUGUCAGUUUCACUCUCAGGAAAGCGAUGGAGAAUCAACGGAAUGAGCUGUGUGAGACGAAAUGUAUAUAACGUGUACAUACUGUCCUUUUUUAUGAUUUUUUUUUUUUUAAAUAUGUGGUAUCAAUAUAAAUUUGUCAGGUUUCAUUUAUACACUUAAAGAUUUUAAAAAGUUUCACAGCAAUGCCAUAGAACAAUUGGGUUCCUCAAAGAACCUUUCAGUGACAAGUUAAUCUUUUAUUUAGCAUGAAGAACAUUUUAAAAAUCUUUUCCACUGUAAAGAACCUUUUGUGCAAGAUAAAGUUUUAACAGAUGUUAAACGUUUUUAAUGGAAUCAUAGAUUCCAUUAGAACCUUCAUCUAAUAUGAGUCUAAUACGAGAUAUUCCUUAUUUCCUGUACAUUUUAACAGACGCAAUGGCAGUAAAAAUUGGUUGUAUCUAAUUUUAAAUAACAAACAUGCUUGUGUUGGUUUACAAAUGUGUCGAGAGUAUCUAUCUGCUGUUUGUACGUUUGUAUUGUCGUUGUUUUGAUAGUCUGCUAGUCUGCCAGUAGAGGACGCUGUUUCUGUACUUUUGUAAAGAAGUGUAGGUCCUAAUUGAACAGGACAAAGCGCUAACAGCACUGUCGUUAUUCAUUACCCGCCCUUGACUAGAACUGUGAUUAGCUCAUUUUUUAUUCCAAACAAAUGCACACACCUAAUCAGCCUCUAUUGAACACUUGUUAAUUAAAAUCAGUCCUUUGUAGAAGCGAUUGUGAAUAAAUGUUGGAUUUGUUUGCAAUGUUUUGAUUAAACUGGUAACUGUGACUAAUGUCCAUAAAAAUGCCUUUUUGUGAUGACUAGAGUGUAUAACAAGAUUUGUCAUUGUUUCUUGUGCAGCUUUUGUUAGGUGAUUAUUACAUGUGAAGGUUUUUUUUUUUUUAUCAUAUUACAAUGUAAUCAACAAAACGGUUUGGGGAAAAGGCAUUUUUCUUCUCAUUUGCAUUUGGCAACGAAUCUCAACGAUUAUAAGAAACCAUUCUACCACACUGAAAUAAUGUACGUAAGCA